GCGGGCCCGGUGAUCAAGGGGAAGAUCCCCAAGGACAGGGACGGGAGGCCCAAGCAGUUCGCGUUCGUGAAUUUCAAACACGAAGAGUCGGUGCCGUACGGGCUGAGCUUGCUGAACGGGAUCAAGCUCUACGGCCGGCCCAUCAAAAUCCAGUUCCGAUCAGGGAGCAGCCACGCGUCUCAGGACAGCAGUCCCGCUUGCUCCCCGCACGGAGCUGCCAACGCCAGCCCCUCGGGCGUGCCGCUCCUGGCAUCAAACCCCAGCAGAUACGACAGGAAUUGUGAUGGUGUGGCGGCAGCAGGAUUCUCGUCAGUGCAGCGGGCUCUGGCGUCUGGUGACAACCUUCAGAGACAAGCGGUGAUGACCAGCGCCAUGCGGCAGCAGCCUCUGUUUGGGGGAAAGUACGAGCAGCCCGGCUUCCCCCUGCCCGCCUACCAGCACCCUCCUCAUGCCUUCCACCCCCCGCCAGCCUCCCAGAUGCCGCGGCGCCCAGAGGUGCUGGCGCUGCGCAAGGGCAGGCUGAACACCCACCCCUACCACACCGACAGCUGGCACUUUGGCCGCGAGCAGCGCUUUGGGGAGUGGGGACCCGACUACGGCCGGGCCAAGAGGGAGGAGUACGGCUUCGAUGAGAGGGGGCACAACGCCGAGCACCACUACAGGGGGGGCAGAGAGGAACCUGCCUACGAAGACUGGCACCGCGACGGCUGGAGCCAUGACUACCGGCAAGAGAGCUACAGAGAGGCCAAGUGGCACCCGUCGCGUCAUUAA